AUGCGAGGUAUUGGAGGAAAUGCAACUGGUGCAUUGACUUUUACGACACAAUCACCAACAAUAGGUGCAGCACUGCAGUCGAAUGAUAUCUGUCAUCUGAGUGAAAGUACCAACCGAAUGGUCCUCUCUAAAGACUUCAUAUCACCAGCUGGGACGUUAUUGCCAUCUGGUGCAGUGGUGUGGUUAGUGCUCGUUGCAUUCCCACAUUCAUGCGCUAUUUGA